GGUACUGGCGCUUCCUCAUUCUGCUCUCUGUUUCCUCCCUGACACAGGGCACAAAUAAAUAGGAAGCGCCUAAGGCUCAGGGCGACUUGGAGGCUCCCGAAGGAGGCUGCUUGUGUCCCCCAGCACAGAGUCCCCGAGGAUGCUGUCUAGGAACGGAGAAUCAUGAGACGGUGACAUACGUGUGGCCCAACCCCCCAGCCAAGCAGCGGCACAGAACCCAGGGACAAUGAGGACACCACCCUACCCAUAGCCUCCCUGGGCCACCGCCUAAAGUCCCAGAAUGGACCAGCAGAUGCUUCUGACCCGAGGGCUGCUCUCCAUGGCCCUGAUGGCUCUCUGCUGGAGACCCAGCGUGACGGAGGCACACGACACUGUCCCUCUGCAGACCCUGCGAUGCUACAAUGACUACACCAGCCGCAUUAUCUGCAGCUGGGCCAACACGGAGGACUCCCAGGGACUCAUUAACGUGACUCUCUAUCACCAGGUAGACAAGGAACAACAGCCAGUGUCCUGCGACUUCAGUGAGGACCUGCUGUGGUCAGAGUGCCCAUCACCCCACCGCUGUGUGCCCAGAAGAUGUGUCAUCCCCUACACACGGUUUUCCAUCACCCAAGAUGACAAGUACUCGUUCGAACUGGAUCGGGACCUGGGUAUCCAGCUCACGGUUCUAUUGGCCCAGCACGUACAGCCACCGCCCCCCAAGGAUGUCAGCAUCCGCCCGUCUGGCGACCAUCUCCUGCUGGAGUGGAGCGUGCCCCUUGGGGAUGCCGAGGACUCCUUGCUGUCACAGGAGGACAUACAGUUUGAGGUGGCUUACAGACGGCUUCAGGACUCCUGGGAGGGUGCCUCCAGCCUCCACACCAACAACUCUUGGGUCACUCUAGAGCCAAAGCUGUUUCUACCCGGCAACACCUAUGUGGCCCGUGUUCGCACUCAGCUAUCCCCAGGGUCAAGGCUGUCUGGACGGCCCAGCAGAUGGAGCCCAGAGGUGCAGUGGGACUCCCAGCCAGGAGACAAGACCCAGCCUCAGAACUUGCAUUGCUUCUUUGAUGGGCUCCAGUCCCUCAGCUGCUCCUGGGAGGUGUGGCACCAGAUGACGGGCUCUGUUUCCUUCGGGCUCUUCUACAGCUCCAGCCCUGGCACUCCGGAGAAGGAAUGCUCCUCAGUGGUGAAGGAGCUUCAGGACAGCCUCUUCACCCGGUACCACUGCACUCUAACCGUGCCUGAUCCCAGCGCACACAGCCAGUACACAGUCUCUGUUAAGCCGCUGAAACAGGAGACGGUCAUCCAGAGCUUUAACCACAUCCAGAUGAAUCCUCCAACCCUCGAGGUGGUCAAGAAUAGAGACAGCUAUUCCCUGCACUGGGAAACUGAGAAAAUGCCCUACGAUCACAUUAGACACAGAUUCGAGGUCCAGUACAAGAAGGAACUGGACAGCUGGGAGGACAGCAAGACAGCGAUUGUGAUACAACACAGCAUGCUCCUGCUGCAGCUGGAGCCUUCGACCACAUACGAGGCCAGGGUGAGGGUCCAGACCCUUCCUAACUACACUGGGAUUUGGAGUGAGUGGAGCAAGAAAUGCUCCUGGACCACUGACUGGGUGAUGCCCACACUGUGGACAGCCCUCAUCCUCGUCUUCCUCAUUCCCACCUUGCUCCUGGCCCUCCGCUUUGGCUGCAUCUACGUACACAGGCUGUACAGGAAGUGGAAGGAGAAAAUCCCCAACCCCAGCAAGAGCCUCAUGUUUCAGGAUGGAGGCCAAGGACUCUGGCCUCCCAGCAGUGUGGCAGCCUUCGCCGCUAAGAACCCUAUGUUCCAGGGACCACAGAGCAACCUUUUUGCUGAGCUUAAAGGGGGCUCAUACGCACAUUUGGAGGACAAUGAAGUAUCACCUAUCACCAUUGAGUACCCUAACAUUGUCCGAGAUCCACCGUCUGGGCCUGACAGCACCCCAGCAGCCAACACCCCAGCAGCCUCAUCGGAACCCAUGGAACAGCCAUCCGGUGCUCAAGUACACCCACCAGCUCCUUCUGGCAAACUUAAGCAAAAACCCAGUUUUGACUUCAAUGGACCCUACCUGGGGUCUCCCCAAGCCCACUCCCUGCCUGAUGUCCCAGGCCAGCUGGUUGCCUCCCAGAUGAGUGGAAGCCUGAAACCGGCGCUACCAGGCUCCUUGGAGUACCUGUGUCUGCCCCCCGGGGGACACGUGCAGCUGGUCCCACUGUCCCAGGCAAUGGGGCAGGGGCAGGCUGCAGAUGAGGAGCAUGGGUCCAGCCUGGAGGCUACAGAGAGCCCUCCCGUGGAGCCGAGGGACAGCCCUGCAGCUGAGCUGAGGUUGGAAGAACAGGAGCCAAAGGACAACCCAGUGAUGCCACCCAUAAGCUCUGGGGGCCCCGAUGACACCGUGGUGGCAUCUGAUUAUGUCCGUCCUGCGGAUCUGGUGCUCACUCUGCCCACAGGGCCCCUGUCUACCUCUCCGGGUCCCUCUCUAGGGUUCCCCUCAGAUCAAAGGCCCAGUCUCUGUCUCAAGCUGCCUGGGGUCCCUCCUAGAAGUCCAGCUCCCGGGCCAUCAGAGUUUGAAGACUAUGUGGAGCUCCCUCCAAGUAUGAGCCAGGCCCCCAAGUCCCCCCAAGGCAGUCCUGUUCCUCCUAUGCCAAGCAGCCCCACAGUGAGCCCCCAAGAGCGCAGGGAGGAAGUGGCCCCGGUAUCCCCACACUCUGAAGGCCUCCUUGUUCUCCAGCAGGUGGGAGACUACUGCUUCCUUCCUGGCCUGGGGACUGGUCCCCUCUCCCCACCUCCUCCAGGCCUGUGUCCUGAGAUUGGGGACCUAGACCAGGACUUGCCUGUUAAAAAACUUCCCUACCAGCCCAUGCCCCAGGUGCCGGCCAUUCAGUUUUUCAAGUCCCUGAAGCAUCAGGACUACCUGUCACUGCCCCCUUGGGACAGCCAGCCUGGGAAGGUAUGCUAGGUUCACAUCCUCUCCCAAUCUCACCAGCAGCCCUGCACCUCAGCCUGAGCAGCUCCUCAGAGCCCUCGCCAAGAAGCACCACUCUCUCUGCUCUCAGCCCUGACACUCAGCCAUAGCUGACCUGUGCUUUCUGUCCCUGCCUCCUCUCCUCUUUCUCUCCCUUCCGGUCUCCUUCCUCUUCCUCCCUCUCCCUCCUAACUCCUCCCUUCCCUUUCUCCCUUCUCUCCUCCUUCUCUCCCCUCUCCUCCCCCUUCUUCCUUCCUCCUUUCCUUCCUCUUCCUCUCUCUCUCUCUCUCUCUCUCUCUCUCUCUCUCUCUAGGAUCCUCCUUUCCCUUUGCCUUGUUGGAGUGGGGAUGAGGCCCAAGAGGCCUCUGAGGAUGAGGUCUGCAAGGUCUGAUUAAGAACUGCUGUGGAUGCUUGUUCCCUCAGGCAUCAAUAACAGCACCUGUUCUGGCUCAGUGCAGACGGUGGGAGGCUCAGGUAGGCACCCUAGGGUUCAGACUUUGAAAUGGGCAGGGUCAUGUCACUACAAGAAUAGGUAUAGUCUUCUAUGGCUGCCUGGGGAGGUCUGAAGGUCCUUGCAGAGGGCGCUGGGGACCCCCGCUAUAUAGAGAAGUCACUGAUAUGGGCAACACUAGCUGGCGGUCACAGUUAUGGCCAAGCUGGAGGGAGGAGGAGCAAUGGAGAAGGCUAGGCACCUAGAGCUCAUGGUGUCAACUUCAGAAAAGCCAGGGUGUGGACCCCUAAAGGACAAGAAUGCAGCAAUCACGCAGGACGGCACAUCCAGGGACUUAGUCUAGACAUCCGAGCUGCUCUCCCUCCAGAAUGCCUGGAUGCCUGCUGCUCCCACUGGCCUCCGAUGAAAGCCCUGCUGUGGGAUUUCAGUCCUUGGAAAUCACUACCUUCUUGACAGUCGGGGCACAACGGCAUUACAUCAUUCAUUCUCACUUGUCCUGUUUGCUCGUGGUCAAGUUUGCACACGCUUUUGUAUGUGUCUUGAGUAUCGGCUGUUUUGUUGUUCGAGGGGAGGGGGGUUGGGAGCAGAGUUUAUGAACAAUUUUGUCCUCGGCGUCAUCUUUUUUGGAUGAGCCUGUACAGCUCUUUCCAUACGGCCUUUUGUGGGGCACACACUUCUCCCCUGAAUGUGGUCUCUCCUAGUUUUGUGCAGGAGGUACAAUGGCAACUUAAGCCUCAGCACUUAAGCCUCUGAAUUGCUGUGAGAUGAAUCGGGGAGCAGGACCCCUCUUUGGGGCCGUAUUUGCAGUGGCCUUAGCAGCAAAUGUACAUGUGCCUUCAUUUUAUUAUUUCUGGCUCUUUUGGUAUCUAAAGCCUCGAAUGGGAGGUGUUUCUAGAACAAGUUUACACUGCAGAGAUCUGUCUUUAUAUGUUCCGUGGACCUGGAGCCAGAGGACAUUGUGCCAUUUCUUCACCCGGACUGAGAGUGCACUGAGAGGCACCUCUGUGACCCAUCAAGCCCUGAGCUGGAUCUGGUCUGUCCCGGUACCCUGUGUCAUGGUCUCACUCUCUUUGAUGGCAGCCACAACUCUUCAUUUUUGGUUUUGACCCGUGGCAGGCAGAGCGAGUGUUCCUUGGACCCUCUUCAUUGCAGCAAAGAAAACCGCCAACAUCUUGAAGGUAUCUCAGUGGCAGUGUUCACAGUAGCCUGUCGAUAUUCCAGAGUGGACCCCUCAUGGGAGACAAGCAAGAACCGUCUCUAGGUAUUAAAAUAUGGACUCCAAAAUGCCUUGCAUUAAGAGGGAACAUGGUAAUAAAAUGUUUAUAACAGCACAAAA